AUGAACAGGGCACACCAUGCAAGCGUCGUAAUAUCACCCAUUACGGCCGCCACUUCUUCGUUGGCGCCUCGCUGUGGUCGGCAGCCAAUGCUGUAUAGUCUUGUUGCAAGGGCGGCGAGCUCAGGAAUGCACUUCCGUUGUGCUCUCGAGUCUCGUCGUCGCAGCUACCGAAUCCCUGGUCUGGAGAGUCUGUCGGGCUCAGUGCGGGACAAUGACGCCACCACAGCCUCCUCCUCGCCUGCUUUCGACUUCCUUCGCAAGCGUCAGACAUCAAACCCGGCAGCAUCAGCAACCACCAGUGCACAACCAUCUCAGUACACCCCCGACAGUACUCGCCCCGAACAUCAUCGUCGCCAGCAUUCUCGAUAUCAGCUUCGACGCUCCCGUACUCCCCACGACACCAAGGGCUCUGUUACGACGGAGCCGUAUGCAUUUCCUGUGGGGCGCGCUUUGCGCUACGUGGAGCUCGGCCGGCGCUAUCACGACCAGACGGAGGGUCAGGCGGAUUUGCACAAGUGGCUUGAAGGGAUGCACUUCUCCCCUUCUGCGGAUGCGGCGAGGCAGCUCUUGGGUAGCUGGAGUGACGGCGUGGGGGCCUCCGCUAACUCGGAGACGCCGGCGUACGGCCCGGCCCACAGGGCGGAGGUCUCCGCCUUUGCGAAACGCCACGCUCAUCAUGUGCUGGUCGAGUUUAAAGUGCUGCGCCGCCAACUCACAGAGGCGCAGUCGCGUGUGCAGGCCGUGCGAAGGGGCUCGCAGCGACUAGCAGACUCUUCACGGUCAAAUCGCUGCAAGCACGGCGCAGACGGAAGCGUUGAGGAGCUCUCGGCGUCGUCUUCUACGACAUGGUCUCCCCCACCAUCAUUGUCUCCACACCCACUUCCGGUCCGCCUCGCGGCGGCGCUGACGCAGUCGCUCUUCAAUGCCACUGUACUGCUACACGUGAGCGGUCUUUUCGGCGUCGCUGACACCCACGUAGAGCGUCUGUUGGAUGUGUGCUUCUCCAUCUCCAUCUUCCUUGCGCAAGAUGCCGCUGCGACUGCGACUGGGACGUGUCGGCAGCGAAGCCACCCUCCUGCAUUAUCUAGCUCCACUGAGGCUCCUCAGCAAAAUAGCGCCGCUGCCUCCGUGGUGGAGGCGCCGACGAGGUCGUGUCAUCUGCACUCGCUUCACUGGGCGAUUGUGCACUUCGCAGCAGGGGUACAACACUGGGGGCUCCUGGAUCACACAAGUCCGCUGCAAGAUGUUGGGAGGACUCAGCGCCCAUACGAGCGUUUGCUGCAGGUACACGCUGCCCUGCUAUGCGAGCAGACGCGCCGGUGCGUGGAUCAUGUGCUGUGGCAUGAGCUUGUGCUGCUCAAGUCGGGCCGCCGCGCUGAGGCAGCGCGAAAUGCCUGGUUUAUGGGCCCCGACGCGGCGGCGUACUCUGUACUGUUUGGCGCGCAGUCGAGUUCAUCUGCUUCUUGCGACACCGCGACGGAUGAAGGCUCGCUUGCGCGUCGUGUACCGCCUCGCUUGCAGCAGCGCCGCCUGCAGCUGCUACCGCUGCUGUGGCUCUCUCUUCUCUGUUCUCAGCUGCAGAAAAGACAGACAUCAGUGAUACAGACGUCGCCCACGUUCGCUGCCCCAUGCGGAGGGCCUUCUCGGCCAGACGGGGGAGAGGUGACUUGGGCCACAGCACGCCAUGCACUCACUGCCCUUUUGCCGCUUUUCUCGAAGGAUGCGCGACUGGACGUCACGACGUGGGCGGCGGUGCAUCUUCUCUUCCUUCCCCAGAGAGGACAUCUGCCAAGCGCGAAGGACAUUGAAGCUGAGGCGUCGCAGGCAUGCACUAUUUCUCCUGCAGCGGCGACGACGAACGCGAGUUUGACAGAAUUGUGCGCACUUCUUGCGCGUGUCGAGCACGACGGCGCUAUGCUGGAGCUCGGCGUGGCUCUUCCGGGACCGGUUGGCAUGUGUGCGGAGGCGUCCGCAUAUUUUCACCUCGCCUCGUUCCUGCGGCGUUGGCUGAAUGCGACCACGGCACCGCCACCUGUGUCCUCGUCACGCGGUACCGCUCACGUUGGGCUCGCAGGCAGCAACAGAAGCAUCCGCGUCGGCAGCGGUGCAUUGGCCACAGUACAAACUCCAAUACGCACCGCCAGGCAACUUUAUCGUGCGCUGUUGAACAUUCCGCUUUCCACCCUCUACCUUCCCUCGCCUGUGCCUUCUCCCAGCGAUGUUUUUUCUCCCUCUGCUACAUCUGCUGAGCAUGCAUUGGCAGAGUUGUCGCGAGAGCAGCCGCUAUCCGUCACCGCAGAGGGAGUGUGUCUACUGAACCAGAUGCUGCUGCGAGCGCUGCUGCAGUGGCGCGGCGAUUGCCGUGUUCGAAGGGUGCCACAAAGCAGCGACUGCGGCGGCAUGUCAGAAGUGUUCGUGCCAGAGAAGUUUCCCUCUGCUAGCGGCGUUGCGUCAGUCGAGUCGGAAUGUUCGUGGGGCCCUCGCAUGCCAUGGGCCACACGUGCCGGCUCAAGAAGACAUACGGAAGCGACCGACGCCGCGCAAAGCGACUCUCCUCCAGGUGCGCUUCCCACUUCAACACCGGCCAUCCCCAAAGAGGUGAUUGUCUCCGCUGCGGAGAGCAGGCUGCAGUGGGAGCAGGAGCUCGUUUGCGUCCUCAAAGCUACUCUUCAUUUGGCCGCGCUAAUAAAUGUAGGCGCAGGCGAGGGUGUUUCGAGUGAUGACAGCAGUGAUCGUAGCGCUGCGCUCAUCCGUGCGUUGGUUGCGCCAACAGCCCAAGCAGCCGCCCGUGCGCUGGCCGAGCAACUCGGUGUAUCUCUUUUACCGUGGCGACUGCUUCUCCUUCACUUCGAACAUGUGUCGCUUACUGCGGCGGAGCUGCAGCUCCUUGACACACUGGAUGCCACGCUGCGUCACGUGCUAGUCCUGUCCUCGCCUCGGUGUGUUCAUGGGAGUGACGCAGAAUCUGCCACCCCGUCAACAUCAAUGGGAGCGCUGCCGACGGUUUAUCGGGUGGCUAUGAAUGCGCUGACUCGCACAGCCGCCUGA